ACCCCCUCCAGAUGAAACAGGUAGGGCAACAUAAGUGCAAAAUAUAUGCAAAUAAAUAGAUGAAAAUAGUUUAGGAGCAUCUAAACUUGAAAUUCUUAGGUUCUUUGUCACUCUCGCUGCUGUCACCGUGUUUGUUCAGCUGAUGCGUGACUUGGCUGAGGCCUGCGGAAACAGUCAGCUGUCAGAAACUGGGGUAAGGCGCAUACAUGCCACAGAAGCUUGUCUUCUUUCUGAGUUCUCCAGAUGGCAGAAUCCAGUAAAAGGGCUUUUCCUGGUUUCUGAAAUGAUAUGAUGAUAACACGUACAAACACAAAAACAGGAGCCUUAAAAUCCCAAUUAAAACAGGGACACAAGUCCGUGUAAACACACUAUAUGACAGAAUUUGGGCUUUGCUAUUUGGGCUUCAAAAUGUGUGUUUCUGUAAUGUAUAACUAAUAAAUAGAUGUUGGAAUGUCUCAGGUUUUUUUUCAUUUGAAGGGACUGAAAGCAAAAAAGAAAAUGACCCUGAAACUGAGGUUACCACAGUGCAUGCAGAGGCAUUGUUUCAGAGUUGAUAACUCUGAACGUCCCUCUUUGUGUGGUCAGUAUCCUCUGAACAAAUACCUCACUGCCUUGAUCACAAGAGAACAGUUUAAAACAUCUGCUAAUAUUUCCAGAACACCGCUGAAUUUGUGUUGAAACAAAGUCUUUCCUUGUGUGCUUAUUUAAAACCUUUUUUUUCUGUUUGAGUGCCUCUUUGUGCACGAAACUCUGCUGUCCUCUAGCUAGUUGUAAAAGCAAAGUGGUCGGGCAACAUUUCAUCACAAACCAGUUUCAGCUCAGAAAAACUCCUCCUCUGACAUCAGCUCCACAACAAAAACCUGUAAGUGAAGAAGUUCUGAGCCUGUCCCCUGAGUGGGCAAUAAAAACCAAAACCUCCUCCUUUGUCUCGCUCACAACUAAACUCCUCCAACUCUGAACUGCACACAAUCUGAGCUCCUUGAAGAGAUCCAAACAGAGUCAGCAUGGUGUCUGCUGGAAGACAGAUGCUGGGUUUGACCCUGGCUGUCAUCGGCUUUUUGGGGAGCAUCAUUAUCUGCGCUCUCCCCACGUGGAAGGUGACGGCCUUCAUCGGUGCCAACAUCGUCACUUCUCAAGUCAUCUGGGAGGGUUUGUGGAUGAACUGUGUGACCCAGAGCACAGGCCAGAUGCAGUGCAAGAUCUACGACUCCCUCCUGGCCUUACCUCAGGACCUGCAGGCCGCCAGAGCGCUCGUUGUCGUCGCCAUCAUUGUUGGGUUCUUUGGGAUCCUUUUCGGAAUUGUUGGCGGCAAGUGCACCAACUUUGUGGAAGAUGAGAGGCAGAAGUCCAAAGUGGCUAUUGCUUCUGGUAUCAUCUUCAUCAUCGCAGGUCUGAUGGUGCUCAUCCCCGUCUGCUGGACCGCCAACACCAUCAUUCGUGAUUUCUACAACCCAGUCCUGACCAACGCUCAGAGGAGGGAGCUGGGGGCCUCGCUCUACAUCGGCUGGGGCACGGCGGGGCUGCUGUUCCUGGGCGGGGGCCUCCUCUGCAGCUCCUGUCCCCCCAGGGAUGAGAACGACUAUGAUGUGAAGUACUCCAAGACUCGGUCUAUGGAGAGCAGCAAGGCUUACGUUUAGAUUUUCAUACAGAGAAGAAGAAGAAGGACUUGGACAAACUGCAGGAAAGAUAUGAGAGGAAGAGUUCAUCUUACUCUUCUCUUUUUCACGUUCACAUUGUAGACUAUUUGUGUGUCCUUGUGUAAGUUAAGCUUGUGUUUUACUCUCAAAAUCUUCCUUUUCCUCUAAUGUUUUUCUCUGUACAUUACUCAAAUGUCACAGUUUCCUUCUGUGUUUUCUCGUGUUGUUUAUUUAUCUCACAUAAUCUCUCAGUUUGUUCUCCAUGACGUGACUCUGCUGUGAAUGUAACACAACGUCUACUAAUGUGAAACCUGCCAGAUAAGGGACUGUUUUAUCUGAAAGCUGACUUCUUUAAACUGAUGAUUUAUGUUUGAAUGGAGUCGUAUUCACAUUGAGACUACAUCUCUUUUACACCGUUUCCCAUCUUAUUUUGGCGGGUUAUUUAUCUUGAAAUGAAGGAACGGUUACAGAAUUAACGGCCGUAAAAAAAAUGUGGUUUUACAAGUACCCUUGUGUAAAUCCUUCAAACAGGUUGUGUGACACUUUGUUUGCCUCCUGUUCUUAAAACAGUGCUGAAUAAACAAAAGACUGGGCGGUUGAAAAAUAAUGCUGAUUGUGAUGUGUUUGAAGUUGAAUGUACUGCUUUCUUUUUUUUUUCUUAAAAGACUGCAAAAAUAUUUGGAAUUGUUGUGUUACAGAAGAAAAAAAUGAAGGAUGACCUCAACAUAUGAAUAAAUACCAGACAUAGUUAUCCCACACUCUGACUCUGUGAGUGGAGGUUUGUUCACAACUGUUGGAAUAACUUUUAUAAAAUAAAAUAAAACUUCUUGUGUUCUUGAAA